AUGGAUACAAUUUUCUUCUCCAUUUUCAAUUUUUUUCUCCUGAUUUCUUCUUGCAAUAUUGUACUAGCAGAUGAAUUCCCGUCGUGGGUUUCAGCCGCCAAUAGUCACCUUCUUCAAUUGACGCCACUAAAAGCUGACAUUGUGGUUGCACAAGACGGGUCCGGAAAUUAUAGAACCAUUUCUGAAGCUGUGGUUGCUGCAGCCAAGAAAACUUACGCGAAAAGAUUGGUCAUUUAUGUUAAACAAGGAAUUUAUAAGGAAAAUGUGGAGAUUGAAAUAUCAAAUUUAACAUUGAUUGGAGAUGGAAUUGAUGCUACUAUUAUUACGGGUAACAAGAGUGCUCGAGAUGGUUUCAGGACUUUUGACACGGCAACUUUUGGUGUCUCCGGAUAUGGAUUCGUAGCUCAAGGCAUGACAUUCGAGAACUCAGCGGGACCCGAGAAUAAUCAAUCAGUGGCUCUCCGAUCAAGUUCUGAAAGAUCGGUCUUCUACAACUGUAGCUUCAAAGGCUACCAAGACACAUUAUAUGUCUACAGGAAAGUUCAAUUCUACCGCAACUGUGACAUUUAUGGAACUGUAGACUUUAUCUUUGGUUACGCUGCAGUGGUGUUUCAAAAUUGUAACAUUUACGUUCGGAAGCCAUUGAAUUACCAGAAAAACACCAUCACAGCUCAUGGAAGAGACGACUUGAAUGAAAAGACCGGAAUAAUUAUCCACAACUCUCUUAUCACAGCCGCUCCUGACAUGGUAGGCGUAACGUCAAUCGAAAGCUAUUCGGGACGGCCGUGGAAAAAGUAUUCGAGAACUGUGUUUAUGAAAUGUACAAUCGAUGAAUUAAUACAUCCGGCUGGUUGGUUGCCAUGGAAUGGUAGUUUCGCCCUGAACACUUUGUAUUAUGGAGAAUAUUUAAAUACGGGAAGUGGGGCGAAUACAAGCGCGAGAGUAAAAUGGUCAGGAUAUCAUGUAAUUCGAAACUCAACGGAGGCUUCGAAGUUUACAGUAGAUAAUUUUUUAGAUGGGAAUUUGUGGAUUCCGGCCACUGGAGUGCCGUUUGAGGGGGGGUUGUGAAUAAAAAAAUAUUAGAAAGGCAAAUUUAUAGCUAGUAUACAUGUGUUCAAUUAUAUAUAUUAUUACAUCAUUUGAUUGUAAAAAGUAAUUGCUAGAAAAA